AUGUCCCGCCUGCUGCACGCACAAGAGUGGGCUGAAGUGAAGGAGCUGGGGGACCACCACCGCCAUCCCCAGCCGCACCACGUCCCGCAGCCGCCGCCAUCACAGCCACCUGCGACCCUGCAGACGAGAGAGCAUCCUGUCUAUCCGGCCGAGCUGUCCCUCCUGGACAGCACCGACCCACGCGCCUGGCUGGCUCCUACUUUGCAGGGCAUCUGCACGGCACGCGCCGCCCAGUACCUGCUCCAUUCCCCAGAGCUGGGUGCCUCCGAGGCCGCGGCGCCCCGGGACGAGGCGGACGGCCGGGGAGAGCUGGUGAGAAGGAGCGGCGGCAGUGGCAGCAGCAAGAGCCCGGGGCCCGUGAAAGUGCGGGAACAGCUGUGCAAGCUGAAAGGCGGGGUGGUGGCAGACGAGCUGGGCUGCAGCCGCCAGCGCGCCCCUUCCAGCAAACAGGUGAACGGGGUGCAGAAGCAAAGGAGGCUGGCGGCCAACGCCCGCGAGCGACGCAGGAUGCACGGGUUGAACCACGCCUUCGACCAGCUUCGCAACGUUAUCCCGUCCUUCAACAACGACAAGAAGCUGUCCAAGUACGAGACCCUGCAGAUGGCCCAGAUCUACAUUAACGCCUUGUCCGAGCUGCUUCAAACGCCCAGCGGCGGGGACCAGCCGCCGCCGCCGCCGGCAUCAUGCAAGAGCGGACACCACCAACUUCGCGCCGCCGUCCCCUACGAAGCAGGCGCGGGCACCGCGACCGCGGCGGGGACGCCGCCAGCCUCGGGAGGCGGGCAGCGGCCGACCCCGCCCGGAAGCUGCCGGACUCGCUUUUCGGCCCCGGCCUCCGCCGGAGGAUACUCGAUGCAGCUGGAAGCUCUGCACUUCUCGACUUUCGAGGACAGCGCCCUGACGGCGAUGAUGGCGCAAAAGAACUUGUCGCCUGCGCUGCCUGGGGCCAUUCUGCAGCCAGUGCAGGAAGACAGUAGCAAAACUUCGCCGCGGUCCCACAGAAGCGACGGAGAGUUUUCCCCCCAUUCCCAUUACAGUGACUCGGAUGAGGCGAGUUAG